AGGGCGGAGUUAACCAACUUCCACACUGGCUGCGCUUCACCACGGCCAGAAAUGAGUUCAUCGGGACCAGUUGACCCUUUGUGAGGGUAACAAAGUGCACUCAGCUGGCUUUUAAAGACGUCGUGGUUCAUUCUCCGGCGUUAAAAUGAUGCGCUUCCUGCUGCUCUUCAGCCGUCAGGGGAGGCUGCGUCUGCAGAAGUGGUUCACUCCGAUGGCGGAGCGCGAGCGGAAGAAGAUCAUCAGAGACAUGACCACCAUGGUUUUAGCACGGCAGCCACGCUGCUGCAACUUUCUGGACUGGAAGGACCUGAAGAUCACCUACAAGCGGUAUGCAAGCUUAUAUUUCUGCUUAGCCAUCGAGCGCCAAGACAACGAGCUGCUGGCCCUGGAGAUUAUUCAUCGCUAUGUGGAGCUGCUGGAUAAAUAUUUUGGCAAUGUGUGUGAGCUGGACAUAAUCUUUAACUUUGAGAAGGCCUAUUUUAUCCUGGACGAGUUUCUAAUGGGAGGAGAGAUACAGGAAACCUCCAAACAGACAGUGAACCGCUCCAUCGAGGCCUCGGACAUGCUGCAGGAGGAUGACAGCAGUGAGUGGUAUGAGGUGGAGCUGUUUGGAUGACCUUGAAUAUGGACAGAAAGACUUUGGAGGAGUAUAUGAGCAAACCUGCUUUUUAACUUGUGGGAGGAAAAAAAAAAAAAAA